ACAAAAGAAAGGGGGAAAAACCAAAAAAAAAGGAGGUGGAAAGAAAACUUUGUCCUUGCAUCCUCUCCAAGUGAUAUUUUCUUUUCCUACAAUUUCUAACACCACCUCAACCUCUAGGGAAAGAGACCCUCCCCCUCUCCAUCUAAGUAGCCAUCUCAUCUAAAAAAAUUUGUCGUACGACUGGAGCUCAAUAUGAAAUUUUAUUUUUUUACAAGAUCCGUAUACGGAAAGAAAUACUAUAGAAAUUACAUCGAAAUAAUAUCUUUACGUUGACCCUUUCUUGAACAAAAACUGGGGGAGGAUGAAAGGAAAAGGCCAUUGCCAUCCCUUUUCCUCCUCCUAAUGUUUUUCUUUUUUCUUCCCAUUUUCUACCUAAAAUCAAAAGCUUUUAUGAACGUGAUGGUCAUGAAUUCAUGUACAACCAUGCAUUUGUAUUUUUAAGUUAAAAAAAAUUGGAAUCUUGAGAGGAACAACGUGAAGAAAUAAUUAAUUAAAAGAAUAAAAUAAAAUUCUUGUAGACCUUUUCUUUCAUUUGAGCUCCUUUGGUAAAUAGACACAAUUAUUCAUAUAUAUAUAUUUCUUUGAAAAGAUUUUAUUUAUUUUUUCUCUUUUCCUUGAGGGGAUUGUGGAUUUUUUUUCUUUUUUUGAUUUUUAUUUUUUGAUCUUUUGAGAGGAUCAAGAACAUGAGUUGCCUCCCCUGCUUCAAGAAAAAAACCGAAUCGUCGGAGGACGAUGUGCCGGUUGCUCAAUCUAAAGGAAUCUCAACCACGCCACCAAAUCCUGCUGAACCAUUUCACAAAGGCGACAAUGCUGGUGGAAACGUUAACAGUAAUGCUAAAACUUACACAUUCCGCGAGCUCGCGAGUGCAACAAAGAAUUUCAAGCAAGAAUGCCUGAUAGGUGAAGGUGGAUUUGGAAGAGUGUUCAAGGGAACAAUUCAAGGUGGAGAGAUUGUGGCAGUGAAGCAACUAGACAGAAGUGGAACACAAGGAAAUCAAGAGUUCAUUGUUGAGGUCUCAAAGUUGACUCUCCUUAAGCACCAAAAUCUGGUCAAUCUCCUUGGAUAUUGUGCUGAUGGUGAUCAGAGGAUUUUGGUCUACGAAUAUAUGCCAAUGGGUUGCCUAAACGAUCAUCUGCUUGAUCUCGAAGAGGAUAAAAAGCCACUAGGUUGGCUAUCAAGAAUGAAGAUAGCUUUAGGUGCUGCUAAUGGACUCGAGUAUCUACACGAAACGACCAAUCCACCGAUAAUUUAUCGCGAUUUGAAAGGCACAAACAUUCUAUUGGAUAAAGAUUUUAAUCCUAGACUUUCAGAUUAUGGUCUUUCUAAGCUUGCAGGUGGAGGGAGUAGGACAAAUAUGUCACCGAUGAUGAUGGGAACUGGUUAUUGUGCUCCGGAGUUUGAAAAAAAUGGUGAACACACUUUGAAGUCAGAUGUAUAUUGUUUUGGAAUUGUUUUGCUUGAACUUAUAACAGGACGUCGAGCAGUGGAUACUACAAGGCCAGCAGAUGAGCAAAACUUAGUUGCUUGGGCACAACCUUAUUUCAAGGAUCCAAAGAAGUUCCAUGAAUUGGCUGACCCGCGUCUUGGGAAGAGUUUUCCUGUCAAAGGUUUAAAUCAAGCAGUUGGGGUUACAGCAAUGUGUCUUCAAGACGAACCAAUGGUUCGUCCUUUGAUUGGUGAUGUUGUGGCUGCUCUUACUUUUCUUACAAUGCCCCAGCCAGAUGAUCCUAUUCCCAGUUCACCUCCAGCUCCAACCCCAACGUCAAAUAAUGAAGAUCAAGCGAGUUCCGAAAAUGAGGACCAAGAUUAUUCAGAUGAUGAGGAUCAGGGUUAUUCUGAUGAGGAGUAUGAAGAUAGUGAAAAUGACGAACAAAAUGAUGAAAAAGUCCAUGACAAACAACGCUCUCAAAAAGUUAGUGACAAACGAAAGUCUCAAAAAAAUCGUGACAGUCAAGAGGAUGAGAAAGCAAGUUCAGAAUAUGGAUAUGGAAGUGCAUCAGGAUCUUCGGAAUAUGAGGACAGUGGAGAUGGAGAAAAACCAAAAAUAACAGCAAAAUCUGCAAAAUACGCUUCGCAUUCAAGACAUAAAAGCAAGGUGAAAUCUCGCACUAAAAGUACCAACUCAGGUACAUCCAACAGAUAAUAACACAAGGAACCAUAAAAAGAAUGCAAUUGUUGAAUUUAAUGUUGCAACAAUGUCAAUGAUGCUUGCAAACAUGGAACCAAUUCAAGUUUAAGUCAUGUAGAGAAAUCAAUUGAGCAAAAAACAAAAAUCUAAUGGAGCAAGUCCUAGUACAAAUUACAGAAGUAAAAGCAACAUUGACACAAGUAAUGUAAUUAUUGAUUUUGUUAAGACAACAAGCAGCUUACAUUCUAAUUAUGAAAGUUUUGGCGCAUAUUCAGGUCAGAAUGCAACGAGGAAACAGAACGUUAAAGUAAUUCGUUCUACUCAUCCCAGAGUACAUAUUAGUAAAAUAUGUAACUGUACCUUGUAAUUAACUUUUUUUUUCUUCAUAUUUUUCAUUUUGACAAACUUAAUUUUUACA